AUGACGAGCGCAGACAUUAUUUAUGACAAGAUUCACUUCAGGCAUGACCCGAGGUGGAGCGGCCGCCUGGGCCCCGCAGGAGGCGGCGGGCUGCAGCUCUGCGUGGCCUGCGUCAUGGAGAUGAUGGAGAGCAACGACGUUGCGGUACAGGAUGUGAAAGACCGAUCAGUGAGGAAGUCCUUCGCCUUGUCUGGGAUCAGCGCGGUGCUGAGGAGUUCACCAGGUGCCCUGAGGGAGCUGCUGCGGCAGGACCACGGGGCCUCCGUGCGCUUCAUAGGGUCCCUGCUAGGGAUGUUUCACACUGUGGAGGAGGCGACUGUGCUGGAAAAGGUUGACCAAGUGCUGGUUCAGCUGCUGUUGGAGCUCCAGACUGAAGCGCCGCUCUGCUUUGUUUUGGAUGAGAUUCACAGAGAGUUGAGUGGCCAACUGGGCCUGAAGAGGUUCCAGUCCUUCUUCACCUUCCUGGGGAACCUGGUGGAAGCAGUCCCCAACGUGGCGCACAGCCUGGUGACUCAGUACGUGCCGUUGCUGGAGCAUUUAUGCUCAGCAUUGCUUUACCCAGAUGAAAUGCUGAAGGCUUCAGUCCUGUACGCAUGGAUCCAGCUGUUUGGAGCAGCCGGGGGCUCGGCAGCCCAGUCAUUGCCAGCUGCCAUCAGGGACCGAGUCUGUAUCCUGUUGCUGCAGAUUUUGGCUGACGCCAGCUCUCCACAGCUCAUAAAUAACUGCACUGGUUUGCUGUGGCUGUUGGUGCAGCAGGGAGAAGCCGUGUCAGUUUUAAUGAACAGCCCCGGCAAUCAGGUCAUGUGCGAUGAGAACCAGAGUGGCCACAGCACCAGCAGCCAGAACCUCAGCCAAAACCAAGAUCAACAAGCCUCUGACCACCCUUUGCCUCUCAUUCUGAAACAGUUGCUGCUGAGUGGUGACGACACCUUGCGAGUGACCAGUGCUAAGUGUAUUGCAUCCAUCUUGGUUCAUUCUCCCAGUCAGUACAGCACCCCCUUCAUCAAGGCUGAUGUACCUGAGUUUCUCUUCGACCGUUUGGCCAGUGGUAAUAACGAGGCGCUGCUGUGGUCUGUCUACACGUGUUUGGUGUUACUGACCGAAGACCCUCUGUUCUUCACUCAGUGCCACUCUGCCUAUGGCAUGGAGUCCCUGGUGCGCAGUCUGAAGGAGGCUCUGAGGCUCACCAACCUGGCAGUGCAGAAACAAGGUCUGCUGCUUCUCACUGAGAUACUGGAAAGGCAGCCCCCCUGUGUGCGACUGUUCCCCAGCCGUCCAGGGUUUGUGGCUGUUUCAGAAGCUGUGAAGGCUGGUGUGUUGUCCUCCUGUCUGCCCGUAGCCACACAAGCUGCCAGCGCUGCUGCUGCCCUUUUCAGACAGCACCACCAGUCUAGACCAGUCCAGCACCGGGAGGUGGAGGGACUGGUGGAGGCCAUCACCACCAGAUUCUCUGAGCUGCCUCUGCUCUCUCCUGCUGUUAAGCAAAGCUUAAGCAAAGGCAGUCUGCAGAGAUCAGACAGUAACCAGGCUUCCAAGUCAAAGAGGUUUCUUCUUCAGGCCAUGGUCUGUUUUCAAAAUGCUUGCAGGCUGGCGGAGGACUGUGCAUCAGAUCCUGUUCUAAGGGAGAACACGUUCACAGCUCCAUCUACACUCAUCCAAGCUCAGGACUCACUGGGGUCUCUGUGUCAGUGUCUGCUGCGGUGCUGCGACUCCGUCUGGAUACCCAACAUCCUCACGGUGUGCGAGCACACACCCAGCGCUCAGAUCCUGCAGUUCUUCUACUCCAUCCUGGCCUCACAGUUCACCCUCCUGCCGCCUUUGAUGCCUGCCUUUGCAAAGAAAUUAGCAUCUUCUGGUUUCUACCGACUGGCUCUGGAACACAAAGGCCUCCUCUGUGCUGGGAACAGGAACCCACAUCUGAAUGCUUCGUGCUGUGGUUUUCUACAGAAACUCAGUGUGUGUCUGCUUUCCCAGUCUUGCCCCGCGUCUGACUCCUACCAGCACGAUGUAGAAGAAGUGGACAACCUCCUGCUCCACAACCUCCCCUCGCUGUGUUGUCGCAUGUCAGAGUUGCCCUCUCUGCUGUGUGAGGUCCCAGGGCUGCAGCUGUGUGAAUACAAAGGGCCCAGGUCCAUUCAGUUCUGUCUGGUGAUAAUGCUACACCUUGCGCUGCAGCAAGGAGAUAGGCUUCUUCCAGAACAGACGCUGUUCUCCAGUGUGUUGUGGCUCCUGCAUUCGGUGCAGGAGGAGGGCAGCUGUGCCAUGCCUUGCUCUGUGCUCCGCUCUGCCCUCUACCUGCUGGCAGUGACUCAGGACAAGAGCCCCAGUCUGGACGGGGCGUCUUUGAACUGCAUCAUCAAGGCGCUGUCCUCCUACCAGAACCUCUCCUGCCUCUACCUUCACCAUCCUGCGUUCCUGCACUUCAUCUGUCGCUACCCGGAGCUCACACAGCGGUUUGGGCCUCUGGUGUUGGAGCUUUGGUUGACCAAGCGCACACAGCACAUAGACGCACAGCAGACUGUGGUAGGGCAGCUGCUCUUAGCCGCUCAGAAGCAGCGACUGGAUCUACAUGCAAAUGUUUGUGUUACCUUCCAGCAAUCAGACAAAUUAGAUUCAAAUAUUCAGGAAAAGAGUGAGAAGACUGAGAGUGGGAAGCUAGAAAUGGAAACCAUGGAGCUUCUGACUCUGACAGAGAAACAUCAAGCUGUCGUACUGAUCCUCCUGGACAUGGUGUGCGCCAAGGAGGCCCCCCUCGCACAGAGAGCUCUGGGUGUGAUGGAAGUGCUUCUAAGUGGCCAAAGAGAUUACGAGCCAGACUUGUGUGCCAGAGUAAGGCCAGCUCUGCUCCAGGCAUUACAGAAGCUCAGCGUGGAGAACGCCGGCUACGGGCACGGACAGGGACACGGCGAGCAGGCGGUGAACUCACUUACUCUGGUGCUGAAGCUGCUUUGUGUGAUUCAGGCCAGUGAUCCUUCCUCCAACGGAAGGAUGGAUGGCGUAAACUUCAAGCUAUUCUACCAUGUGAGUAUCGUAGCAGGACGUCUGAACCCGAGCAGCACCGACUGCCUGCUUCCUGCUCUGAGCUACUUGUACUGCAGCCUGAGUCUGUCAUCGGUGCACUGCUCUGACAGAGCUGUCUCCAUGUUGCUUUCCAAUAGUGGACUGAUGGAGCAGCUGCAGACAGUCCUCUCCUCCUCCUCCUCCUCCUCCUCUGCUCGGUCCCCCUCUCCAUCAGCCUGUCCUCCUUCAGCCCUGCUGUGCUGCAGCCAUCUACUGCUGUCCUCCCUCAUUACCUUGCAGCGUGUUCACUCCACUCAGGCCUGUAAGAGCGUCAGCCUGAGUCUGGAUACGACUAUUCUGCGACUCCUCGUUCAGAAACGGAACACAGACGAUCUGUUGCUGGUCAGCUACCUGCGGUUGCUGCAGGUCUUACUUGACGCUGACUUUGCAUCCACCGUGGUCUGUGUGAGCACUGGGCCCGGCUUGGUUGGGUCCAGACCCCUGGAGGUGGAAGAUGGAGCUUUGUUCCCACUUGGCUGUCGAGGGGCCCAGUGCCUCUCAGUGGUUCUCAGUGGGCUUCUGUUACAGAAGCAUGAGCUGUUGCUGAGAGCCUCAGUCAAUUGUCUACGCUCCCUCUUGGCCUUCCUUCAGCGGAAGAGUCCCAGUACAGAGAAGCACGUGGUGCGUCAGCCGUGGACUCGAUUCCUCGUGUGCUGCCUUCUGAGCUCAGGAGAGAGCUGCCUUCUGCACCCAGUCUUUUUGAGACUCGUCACACUCCUCCUGCAGCACGGCAGCACCGCGGUGUUGUGCGAGCCCGACUUGGUUCAGGUGAUGGAGGCAGCGGAGCGGAGGGGGGUGAAGCAGCUCAGCCAGGAGGCGGCGCAGGCCCUCAGGCUGCUCCUCACAGAGAUCCAGAGCGGUGUCCUGCAGCCGCCACCCACAGACGAGCACCAGCAGCGAGUGAGACACAUCAUGGAGUCCCUGGAGCCGCAGACGCCGAUGGAGAGCUGCAGCGUCAGUCCACCCGGCAACGUUCUGUAUCCUUUAGCAGAAGUGAUACGCCUGCAUGCUCACCUCUACACGGACUGUUGUGCUGUGUUUUAUGCAGGCACAUACUUUACACUCUGACCUACAUCUGAGCUGCAGCAAACCCUCGACAAAAACCACAAGCGUGCAUCUGUCUUAAGUGCUCAAGCACACACGCCUCUCAGCACCCAUGACACAUGUCAAGCGUGAACAGCACCUUUAUUGAUUCUCUACUACAGUUCAUUUAAUGUCUGUGUUGUGCUUUUCACUUCAACUCUGAGAGUGUGUUGUACAACACAAAUGGUUGCAGCAGUUCAGUCAGUGCUUAAAGGCCAGGGUUCAGUUAUUACGCCUUAGAACAGCCAACGGGAGGAUGACAAAACAGCCUGAAGAUAAUGUGGCUCAACCUCCCAGAGUCAGUGAGCAGGAAUGACAAUCACACAAUCUACAUGUUCAGGUUUAACAUAUCCUCUCUCUUAUUUACACACAACUAGUUUCUCAACUUAAUUUUUGCUCCUUCACUGAGUCUUCAGUCGUGUUGGGGAUGUUUCCAUCUGUGUGUCAGACUUUACACUCAAACAGUCAUUUUCCAACUAACACUUACAAAAUGUUUGUGUCCUCCUUUUGCCAAUAUUUGUUAGUUCACCUGUUGUUACGU